GACAAUGACAGUGACGAUAGUCUUAGCCACCCUGAUUCCGGAUUUGACAGCGGAAGGAGUCCACCAAGCUCUAAUACAUCCUUUACACCGCCGCCGAGACCCGAAGAAAUCACUCGAAUGCAGAAGCAUAUCAGCAUGCAAGAAUUUGGAAAAGAUCUUCAGAAGGCUGCUAGAUGUAUCUUUCCCAACGUGCAUCAAUCCAGAUACUCCAACGCGUACGUACUGAUGUUCAUGUGGGAGAUUGAGGACGAGAAUCUCCCAGUCCGCUUGGAGAUUGAUAAGUUGCGCUACGUCUUCGAGGAGAUCUACCACUACGACGUGGAGGUCUUUAGAAUUCCAGAUAAGAGGAGCCACAGCAAAGUCAGCGCAAAAAUAAAUGAGUUCGUCUCAAUUAACGAUGACAGUGUGGAGGAUCUUAAGAUUGUCUUCUAUGCCGGACAUAGCAAGUUGUCGAAGACGAAGGACAUUGUAUGGACUAGAAUAUCAAAAAGUGUACAGAAGACCGGUGAUAAAUUUGCGACUGUUACCUGGACUGGCAUACAACAAGAACUUCAACAAGCUCAGAGCGACGUUUUAAUCCUCCUCGACUGCUGCUCCUCGGGAGUUGCGGACGGGGGAGAAGGUAAUGGGGUGACUGAGUUACUAGCUGCUUGUCCUUUUGGGAUCGAAGCUAAUGGCGUCGGUCCUUAUUCGUUCACAAAUUCAUUGACGAUUGAGUUGAGGCUCCUUAGUCAGAAGAAGUUGUUUUCUGUUGGUGACCUCUAUUCCAACAUGUACCGCAGAAACCAAUCACAUCUGCAUCAAGGCGUUGCUAACGAACGGUAUCCACCUCCCAUUCAUUUGCGAUUAAGGUCCGAGGAAAAGUUCCCUAGAAGCAUACAGCUUUCU